AGGGAGGGAGAACGCCAGGUUCAGUUGAGAACCUGACAAUUUGAUACCAUUGAUGUGUUUCAAGAAGCAGUGGUACUGUAACUCAAGACAAAUACCGUGUCAGACUUUGUGAACUAUUUCAAGCAUCAGUUGCUGACACCAAGGCUGGGGGGCUGGGAGGUGGCACACCAAGCGGCUUAACAAGACCCACCCACAGGAACCACCAGCCACUAUGAAGACUGCUUCACUUGCUCCGAUUCACCAUUGUGAAAUAUCUGGCUGUUUUUAGACUUGCUGAUAUGAUGCCCAAACCUCUGCAGUAGCUCAGAUUGAAUAUUUCCUGAUGUUUUCUUUUCUUAAGGGUAGUUUAUUGUUGUGUAGCUUAAGCCUCUUGACAGAGUGUGGAUGUGGAGGUGAAAAGCAGUUCUUUUGGUAUGAAGAUCGGCGGAUAAGCUUCUUUUGUGACCUUGGAUCUUUUCAGAGGCUGAAGCUGGAUUCCAGCAGGGACACAUGGUCCAGAGUGACAAGGCCAUCUGCUGUAGCGCCAGCACUGCAGUGGGAGGGAGGAGAGAGAUGAAGGGGUGGUUUGUAGGGGUGUAAGGGUACAGAGAAUUCCUCCCUCUCGGGUGUGGAAGGAUAUUCUGGGAGAUCAUUGCCAGCACCUUGGAUAGGGACAUAUUUCUUUAGUGUAGCAUUUUUCCUUGAACUUUUUUUUACCAGCUUUCUUAAGGGAUUGCGGUUGGUUUUUUAAGAGAUCAUGAUUUUGUGAUUCUCAUGAUCUUUUUAAAGUUCUCUCAAUGUGAGGAGCAAUGGGGAUCUUGACUCUGAAGCCCCCGCAUGCUGUGGAUCCAGUUUCUUCUACAUCUCUUUGCACCCCAAAACUAAGAGUUGUGGAUUAGAGAAGGAAGCAAGUGGGUGCCCAGCUCUGGGGUGGAUUGUCGUUAACACGUCUUCUUUUUUGGUGUGUUAAUGUACAAGUAGAAAUUUGUACACUUGCACUUCCCCAGAGGGCCGAAGAGACAGACGGAUGAUUAUUUUUAUGAGGGACUUUGUCGUAGAAAUGGGUCAGGACCAAACCAAACAGCAGAUUGAGAAGGGAUUGAGGCUGUACCAGUCUAAUGAUACAGAAAAGGCAUUAUAUGUCUGGAUGAAAGUGUUAAGGAAGACAUCUGAUCCUGGGGGGAAGUUUCGAGUCUUAGGGUGUCUGAUCACAGCACAUUCAGAAAUGGGGAAAUAUAAAGAGAUGCUACAGUACUCCCUAGCUCAGAUAAGCACGGCCAGAGAGAUGGAAGACCCGGAUUACUUGACAGAAGGCUACCUAAACUUGGCACGCAGCAAUGAGAAGCUUUGUGAAUUCCAGAAAACUGUCUCAUAUUGCGAGACCUGCUUAAAUAUGCAGGGAACCACUGUUAGCCUACAGCUCAAUGGGCAAGUGUGUCUGAGCAUGGGCAAUGCCUAUCUGGGCCUUAGCAUCUUCCAAAAGGCUUUGGUCAGCUACGAGAAGGCCCUGCGAUAUGCUCACAACAAUGACGACAAGAUGCUGGAGUGCAGGGUUUGUUGCAGUUUGGGCAACUUCUACAUCCAGCUUAAGGAUUAUGAAAAAGCACUCUUCUUUCCUUGCAAAGCAGCUGAACUUGUAAAUGACUAUGGUAAGGGGUGGAGUCUAAAGUACCGUGCAAUGAGCCAGUACCACAUGUCGGUGGCCUACAGGAAACUAAUGCGCUUGCCAGAUGCAAUGGAAUGCUGUGAGGAAUCAAUGAAGAUUGCAUUGCAGCAUGGAGAUCGGCCUCUUCAGGCAUUGUGUCUGUUUAACUUUGCUGAUAUCCAUCGCUGUCAAAAAGAUGUUGAUAAAGCAUUCCCUCGGUAUGAGUCCUCCAUGUGUAUAAUGUCAGAAAUUGGCAACCGACUUGGACAAGCUUACAUCUAUGUAGGAGUGGGGAAGUGCUGGGUUCUGCAGAAGGAAUAUGAUAAGGCUCUGGACUCAUUGCAACGAGCACAUGAUCUGGCUGAGGCAAUUGGAAAUAAGCUGUGUAUUCUGAAGGUGCACAGCCUGUGUGAAAGCAUCUACCGCUGUAAGGAGAAGCAGGACGAGUUGAGAGAGCAGGUGGUGAAGUUCCUGCAGUGUGUGGAAGAACUGGAGCUCUACUGUGGCAUGUGUGGGGAGUCUAUCGGAGAGAAGAACCAGCAGCUUCAGGCCUUGCCCUGUUCUCACAUUUUUCACCUCAAGUGUCUGCAGACAAAUGGCACAAAGGGCUGCCCGAAAUGUCAUCGCUCAUCUGUGAAGCUGGGUUUUGUAUGAGGUUUACAGCCCUGACUUGGACAAACCGGCUGAAUCCCAUCACAGUGACUCAUCUGGGAGAAAAAGAUCCAGAACCUUCUUCCAGGAAGCUUUUGAACUGGACAUAGGGAGGUUUUCCAGUGUUUCCAUCCUGUCCUUAUGGCAACUGGAAAUAAUGUGGAAACGACAGGAUAUGGACUAAUAGUCCAACACAGAGAAGUCACUAUAGAGAGCAGCUAUUUCUCGGAGAAAUCGAUCACUUCUUGAUAUGAAUAUUGAAUUGACCUCACAAUGCUCACACAUCACUGCAUCUGUGUAGGACAUGAACUUCAAAACAGCUUCUCACUGGAAAAUACAGUAUUGCUGUGGAUAUUUGCCAAAGAGGUGAGAGCUUUACAUAGCAUGUGGUUGUCUCAUUGGACAUUUGCCUGAAUGCAGAAUGCAGAUCUUCAACAAACAUGUCUUGUGUUAAUAUUGUGUAUUUAUAAUUUUCUAAGCAAUUACUUCUGCAACAAACCCAAUGUUAUUUCUUCAGAUUGUGUAUAUAAUUUGUUAAUGCCAUUAUUUAUGUAAUUUUAAAAGGAGAACAGUUUUUUGUCAGCAAUAUCAGACAUGCUGGUUCUAUUUAAUUUUGUUUGAAGUUUUUUUUGUGUUUGUAGAAAGCUCAGAUGUCUCUAACUGCCCUCCUGUUUUGACAGUUAGUGAACAGUAAUUUUCUGAACGGGGCAUGUGUUCAACUUAUUAACUUGACCAAUUAUACAUUUUGUUAACUAUUUAUAUGACAAUUAUUUAUUGUAUUAUUUUCUUUUAUUUACAAUCUUAUACUGUACUCAGUAUUACACUGUUUCUGAUAAUAGUAAUUUUGAAUAAUUUAGAAGAAAAUUUCAAUACUGUUUUUUUAUACUCUAUAUCAAAAUCAACAGAAUGUGAAACUUAGUUUAUUUUUUCAAAAAUUCAAAUACGGGAUGUGCAGUUAUAGUUUGCAGAAAUAUAGUUUGCAGACAUCACAUUUAAAAUGUAUUUCCCUUGUUUUCUAAAACCUUAGACUUUUCAGUUAACAACUGAGACAUGAUUCACAUACGGUAAGAGGAUGUGAUCUAUAAGUAACUGACAAAUGGUUUUAUACCUUUUCCCAAGAUGGAAAGUACUGAGGUAAAUUACAGUGGCCCAAAUUUAGUUUUUAUCUUUAUUUCUUUGUGGGUACAUUCUUUCCAUUUUUAAUCAAAAAUAAAUGUAAGCAAAUCCUUGUACAGUAUGUCUGAUAAAUUAUUUAACUAUGAUAAUAAUACAACAAUGUUUAGAUAUUUCCUUAAUAAUGAGAUAUAUGAUGGAUUAUAUUUCAUUUAUUAUCCAUUAUACUCUUUUAUAACUUUGUAUCUGUUGGAUGUUCAUAGUCUUUUGUUAAUGACUAAUGAACAACUCACUAACGUUUUAAUAACUGCUAAAAGUAUUUCCUUUGGCUCAUACUUCUAACAGUGGAUUCUGUUUCUGUGCCACUGUAAUUAUUUAAUUAGAAAUAAAUAAAUAAAUAAUACAAAAGCAAACCCACUCCUCCUAAGCCAUAUAUUUUAUAAAAUGAAACUGUUAUUUGCAAUGUAACAUUUUAAAUAUGUUAGUGCUGGUUGUGAUCAGAUGGAUAGUCAUAAAUACAUAUAAACUUCAUAAGGCAAUUUAUAAAGGUUGAACUUUUUCAUGGGAGCAAAAUGAAAAUAUGCUGCUUAUUUGUUUCUCUUAGCUUAGUUAUAACCUUUAUCCACUUACUAUUUUUAUGCAUUAUAUAGAUUGUUGUUUGUAAUUUUUUCCUUAAAUACUAAGCUAAUCACCUUCUUUACUAACAAUCUGCAUGCUGUGUAUAACAGCUGUCUCACAUCUUGGUGAAUCACAGAUCAUCACUACCUCUCCACAUUUUAUCCUCACAAAAUUAGCAUUUAUAUGUUUAAGAAUCUUCUAAAAAUGAGACUGAACACUGGUUUAUUUAAGAGAAGU